GCUGCUCGAUGGCAAACCACAUUAAAAUCGCAGUUUAGUCCCCAUGUUCGUCAUCAUUUUUACAAAUUAAGUGAGUCCCUUGGGGUCGGAUGUCAGUCGCGAGUGCUGUCCCCCCGCCGUCCCCGAAAAAACCGUGAAACAGACACCCGAGGGGCCGAAGGGUGUGAAAGUUUUCCACGUUCAACGGAAUUUCCUCGCACGCGUUCACUCCCUCGGCGAAAAAACCCCGCAAAUAACGGAUAAUCCGGUGUUCAUUAGCUCCGUGACACUAAAAAUCGUUCGGUCUGUGAAGAAACAACGAGUGAGGCAUGUGUGCGAGCCGAUGUGUGGUGCAUUCAGUGUCUGAUGGGCUGUCAGUGGGGUUCAGUUGACGAGGGGCCGGCUUGUUAUGACACAGGUGCACCAGGUUUGGGGGAGUCCACCACCUCCCGAAGGGAAACAUUGAGUAUUAAAUUGAAUAUUUGUUGGACGAGUGCUUUGGCAGGUUGAGGUUACUCCAGUGCUCGCGAGUGAUAAUUUCCCGCAUUUAGUGACUAGUCAUUGAGAGUAGCACGAGUAGAAAUUGAUUGUCAAGAGCCUGAGGGAGACAUAAUAAUUUAGAAAGUGUUGUUUCUUUCGAAUGUUCAACGAAUUCUGUUGUUAUUUCUGCAAAUGGAGUUCCUUCACGUCAGUUUAUUGAUGUAGAAAUUUACUGAGAAAUCUGAUAAUACCAUACUAGACAUUGAUUGUGUCAAGAAGCUGAAGGAGCUAAAAUAAUUAAGAAAACGUCUCUUUUUACUAUUCAAUGAAUUUUGUUGUCAUUUCUCGAAAUGCAGUUGCUUAACGUCAAUUUAUCGACGUAGGAAUCAUCGAGGAGGUUAAUUGUACUGAAGGUUUGGGAAAAGUUGAUCAAAAAACGUCAUUAAUAAUACCACAACUAGAUAUUGGUUAUGUCAAGAGCCCGAGGAAGCCAAAACAAUUGAGAAAACCGCUCUCCUGUUGACUAUUUAAUCAACGUUGUUAGUGUCACGUGGAGAUGGCAUUGAAAUUGGUUGAGAAAUCUCAUUAAGAAUACCAUUACUAGACAUUGAUUGUGUCAAGAGCCUGAAGGAGCUAAAAUAAUUAAGAAAACGUCUCUUGUUUCGACUAUUUAUUUAAUUUUGUUGUCAUUCCUGAAAAUGCAGUUCCUUAACGUCAUUUUAAUCAUCGAGGAAGCCAAAACAAUUGAGAAAACCUCUCUCCUGUUGACUAUUUAAUCAAUGCUGUUGUUAGUGUCACGUGUAGAUGACCCAGACCAUCGAUUAAAUCGAAGGAUUGGGGGAAAUUGAUUGAGAAAUCCCAUUAAGAAUACCAUUACUGGACAUUGAUUGUGCCAAGAGCCUGAAGGAGCUAAAAUAAUCAAGAAAACGUCUCUUAUUUCGACUAUUCACUGAAUUUUGCCUUCAUCUCUCCAAAUGCAGUUCCUUAAUGGAACUGAAGGACUGGAAAAACUUGAUCAAAAAACGUAAUUAAUAAUACCACAAUCAGAUACUGAUUACGUCAAGAGCCUGAGGAAGCCCAAAUAGUUGAGAAACCUCUCUCCUAUUGACUAUUCAAUCAAUUACCUUAUUUAUUGUUUAUAUUUCUCAAAAUCUCACUCCUCCCCAUCAAUCUACCAACCUAGAGAUCACCGAUAGCACGAUUCAAACCGAAGGAUUAUGAGAAAGUGAUCGAAAACUCCUGCCAACCCUCAGAAACUGAACAAAAAUAAAACCCUUCUGCCUCCGGGGAUUCCCCUAUCUAUGAAACUAGAAUGGAAACAAAUCCUCAGAGGUUAGAUUGACAGUCUUUCCGGCACGCCCCAUAAACUCCUUCCCUUCAUGCCUCUGACGAACAAUCCCCCAGAUUCAGUUCUGCCCCGCGAAAUUGAAGAGCAAACUGAUGCUGAAUAAACCCACCCCAAUCCUCAAUUGAUGGAGGAUAACCACUGACUCCCCAAAGAUGUUCAAUUUCAUGAAGAAGACAACCGAGAAGGAGGAGAAGGAGAAGAGAAAGCGCGAGAAAAAGGAGCGAAAAGAUGUGAAGAAGAGGGAGAGGGGUAGCAUGUCCACUGAGGAACUCCUGCGACUCGACGAGAUGCGAAGAUCCCUGAAGAUUCGUGGUCGCCGUAAGGAGAAGGAGAAGUUGCCGAGUGGUAUAACAGCUGACUACAGUGCAUCAUUUUUCGCUCAGCUUGACCGUGACCUGCCUGACAGCUCGAUUAAUCCAGCUGGUACCAGCUGGACUCGCACGCCAGACGGUCUCACCCAGAGUGACUCGUCCGAGGCGUCGCUGACGUCACUGAGUCAUGCUGUUGGUAGGACGCUGCCACCGCUGCCACCGAAGCCCCCCAAGAGAGGGAUCCUGAAGGGGCCGAGGCUGAGCAUCACUAGUAUCACUAGUGUUGUGGAGACAACUGUCACGCAGAAUGGCGGUGAGAGUGAGAACAAUCACUCGGAGGCUAGCAAUCUCCUUGUGAGGAAUACACUUCAGAAUGAAGUGAUUGCUUAUCAGAAUUUACCGAGUCAGGGGAGCGAUGUGUGCAGUGAGGAGGAGUCGCUGUACCGUGGGAGGAGCCCUCAGGGCCAGGAGUCGAAGCUCCUGCUGGUGACGAGUGCCAGCCCCUCUGCUGAUUCCUUGACUGACACCACCAAUUCCUCGUUUGCUACUCCACCUUUCAGUUUGUCGCCGGUGGGGGAGUCCCAGGGCUUCUCCAGGUGGAGGUCGUCAGCUUCGUUUGAGGAUCAGGGGAUCGAGCUACCGCUCCCGGGGAUCGUUCCACUUGUCAUGCAGCAGCCGAGGGAGCUGACCAUACAGAGGCAACCUCCUCCGAGGAACGAUUUUGGGUUCUCGUUGAGGCGAGCUGUUAUUGUUGAACGAGGGGUCAAUGGAUCCGCGCAGAUGAAGCCGGUGACUUUUGCGGAGCCGGGGGCUAUUGUGCAGAAUAAUAAUGAUACCGGGCUUCUGCCUGGGGAUCGGCUCAUCGAGGUCAAUGGGAUCAAUGUCGAUGAUAAGGCGAGGGAGGAGAUCAUUGAUCUUAUUAAGGGGUCGGGGAAUAGUGUGACGGUUAAGGUUCAACCAGUAGCAGAAUUAUCGGAACUAUCUCGACGAGGUGGCUCGGAUGGUCAACAGGUUGAGCUUGCACCUGCGAACAUACGGGGAGGUACACUCAGGCGUUCCGGAAGCCAGCGAUUUCAUCAGAAUACGGCUCGUACUGAGGAGCACUUGGCUCAGGAGCAAGCUUGGCUGGCGUCGGAGCGCGUCUGGCUCCUCCACAGAGGUGGAUUCACAUCGGGAAGAAGAUGUGGGGCUGGCGAUCCAGACACCGGAAAACUCAGAGUUCGGUUGAUACCGAGUGGCGAGGAGCUGCUGGUAGACGAGGAAGACGUCGAGAAGGCCAAUCCUCCGCAGUUCGAUAAGGCCGAGGAGCUGUCGCAGCUGAGGUUCCUCAAUGAGUCUUCGGUUCUCCACACACUUCGGCAGAGAUACGCCAGCAACCUCAUACACACCUACGCUGGCGACAGCAUGAUUGUCAUUAAUCCAGUUGCACCGUUGGCGAUAUACUCUGAGAAGGUCGUGCAUAUGUUCAAAGGAUGCAAAAGCGAGGACAUGCCACCUCACAUAUACGCAAUGUCCCAAUCCGCCUACAGGGGAAUGCUGGCGACAAGACGUGAUCAUUCCCUAGUUUUCCUAGGUCGGAGUGGGUCUGGCAAGACGACAAACUUCAAGCACGCCUUGCAUUAUCUCGUCUUGGCAGCGGGAACAGUCAACAAGAUCCUAACAAUCGAGAAGCUGAACGCCCUAUUCACAGUGCUGGAGGCCUUCGGCAACAGCAGAACCCACAUGAACUCGAACGCCACCCGCUUCACCCAGAUAUUCUCCCUGGACUUCGACCAAUCGGGUCAGAUAGCUUCAGCGUCUCUCCAGGUUCUCCUCCUCGAGAAAUCGAGAAUCGGUAGAAGACCAAACGGAGACCCCACGUUCCACGCAGUGUACCGCCUCCUCGCAGGAGCUGAAGGUGCCCUCCGCAAGGAGCUGAACCUGACAAACCUAGUGGCUGAGAACAACCCCUUCAUAACUCCCCUGCAGAAGCACGAGGACAAGCAGCGAGCAAUGGUGGAGUUCAACCGAAUAGUCGCAGCAUUUAAAAUCCUCGGGGUGUCAGCAGCCGACGAGAAGGUGAUAUGGCUGGUGCUGGCAGGUAUCUACCACCUGAGCUGUGCUGGAGCUGUGAAAUCGGGCUCCCAGGCUCGUUGGCAGUUCGCCAGAGUCGACUGUGCCGAGAGGGCAGCCAAUCUCCUGGGGACAACAGUCGAAGAAUUGAGUAGAAUAGUCUUCUCCACAAAUUCUGGCAGCAAUGGAGGCACUCCCAAUGGGGGCAGACCCACCCUGAGAACCCCCAGUCCCACAGAAAGUGGUAAAGACACCUCUGGCCUCGAUGCACUCGAGGGAUUGCUCGUUGGCCUUUACUCUGAGAUAUUCCACUGCAUUGCUGCGCUGAUUAACAAAUCCAUAUCAUCGUCUGUUCACACUGUCUCGUCGAUGCUCCUUUGUGACGCCCCUGGCUUCCAGAAUCCUGCGUCCUGUGGACGACAGACUGGCGCCAAUUUCGAGGAUCUCUGCCACAAUUAUCUGCAGGAGCGUUUGCAAUUUCUUUUUCAUUACACAGCACUUGUUGCGCCGAAGGAUCGUUAUGCUCAGGAGGGAAUUGAUGUGGAUUAUGAGGAGGAUUACGAUGAGGAUUGCAUUGGAUCGCCACAGGCUCUUGUCUCGCUUUUGGACAGGGGCCAGCAGAGUGCCACGAUGCUCAGGACUAGUCAGAGUGAUCUGAGGCAGACUGAGAGGAAGGGACUGCUGUGGCUGCUGGAUGAGGAGGCUGUCUGCUCUGGGGGCAGUGAUGAGUCGUUCUUGGAUAGGCUGUUCUCCCAUUAUGGGGACAGGGACCAUCAGCUACUGCUCAGGAAGGCUCCGGGGAAUAAUGAGUUUGUGCUGCAGCAUCUGCAGGGGACCAAUCCCGUUUUGUAUAGUGCCACUGGGUGGAUCAAGGCUACUAGGGAAAAUCCGGUUACUAGGAGUGCUAUCACCGUUCUGCAGGAGAGCAGCAGGGAGGAUAUCAGUAGAUUAUUCGUCCAGGCACGCGGUGCUGGUGUUUGUGGAGCUCUCAGUGGCUCUGUGCCUGGUAUCGAAGGGUCCCAAUCACUGAGGAGAGCCUCGAGCAUCAGGAGAACCUUCACGGCAGUGAAGAGGAAGAAUGCCUGUCUGCAAGUCAAGUUCACUGUGGAUGGUCUCAUCGAAACCCUCAGAAGAACUCGUGUGAAAUUCGUCCAUUGUCUCCUCCCCCAGCACAAUGCAGGCUGCACCGACAAUAAGAGUCUCCUGACAGUGAAAUCGAAUCAGAGUGAGGACAGUAUACUGAACGUACCUCUUCUGCGUUCUCAGAUACGUGGUAGUCAGAUCAUAGACGCAGUGCGGCUGCAUAAAGUUGGGUAUCCCAAGCACAUGCCCCUCAGUGAAUUCAGGAGACGUUUUGGAUUGUUGUCCAAUGAUGCCAAUGCGCGUCCGGGGAGUCCUGUUGCUGAUGAACGCAGGGCUGUUGAGGAUAUGCUCCUGUCGGUGGAUGUAGAUCCAGCAUCGUAUCGAGUUGGGCAGAGUCAGAUAUUCUUCCGAGCUGGCGCACUGGAGAGACUCGAGUCCCAGCGUGAUGAAAAAUUAACCGGUCACAUAAUACUGCUGCAAGCAAGAUGCAGGGGCUACCUGGCACGCAGGAAACUCAACACUCUGAAGCUGCAAGAUCUCGCUGUGAGAUGCAUCCAGAGAAAUGUGAGGAAGCUCAUGUCUGUGAGAGAGUGGCCUUGGUGGAGGUUGUACGUAAAGGUUGCGCCAUUGUUAAAUGUUCAUCGGACCGAGGAUCAGCUGAAAGCACGAACGGAGGAACUUGAACUGUUGCGUGCUAAAGUCGAGAAACUGGAGCAAGAAAGAAAUCACUUGAAGCAUGACAACGACAAGCUCGAGGCUAAGCUAAGCGUCAUGACAGCUGAUUACGCCGAGGAGCAUUCGACGUCGACCCUAGCAGCCGAGCGAAUAGACGCCGAAACAUCAGAGAGAUUACGCCUCGAGCGAGAGCUCCAGGAUGUUACCGAGGCGCAUAAGAAUCUCCAGCAAACAACCGAGAGACUUGAAAUGGAAUUGUUGUAUGCCAGAGCUGCCGAUUUGAAUGGAAUUGUUUCAGACGGCGAGGACGGGGAGGACGGCGGUGUCUAUAAACAGAGAUACGAGCACGCGAUACGUGAAUUAGAGUUCAUCAAGCGUAAAAUGGCACAACAACACGAGGACGAUUUGGAACAGCUCGUGGGACUCAAGAAGCAGCUCGAGAAGAAGCUUGGCGACGCGUACGAAGAAGUUGAGGAGCAGCGACAAGUUGUUGGUCAAUGGAAGCGUCGUGUCCAGAAACUGAACGGUGAGAUGCACGACCUCAGACUUCUCCUCGAGGAACAAACAGCCCGGAAUAAUCUACUAGAGAAGAAACAACGAAAGUUUGAUUCGGAGACACAGAAUCUUAUGGACGAUCUGAGGCAGGAGAAAGCUCAGAGGGAGAGACUAGCACGGGAAAAGGAAAUUGCUAUUGCUGAGAAAUUCACGAUUGAACAAAAUUUGAGUGACGCAAAACUGGAGAUAGAGCUGCAAGAAGAACGUCUCCACACGCUCUCGCACGAGCUAGAGGAGUUGACCUUCGGUGGAAAAACCGAGGAAGAAGUAGCCCAGCUGAAAAAGGCGAAGCACGAGCUCGAGAAAAAAUGCAAAGACCAGGAGGAGGAGCUGGACGACCUGGCGGGUCAAGUCCAGCUGCUGGAGCAGGCGAAGCUCCGCCUGGAGAUGAGUAUCGAGCAGCAGCGAAAAGAGAUGCGCAAGGAGAUGCAGCAGCGUGACGAGGAGCUGGAGGACGUGCGAGGGAACGCCCACAAGAAGGUGAAAGCCCUGGAGGCGCAGCUGGAGAACGAGCACGAGGAGAGGACUAUUCUCCUGCGCGAGAAGCACGAGUUGGAGCGACGACUGGUGGCGUUUGAGGAUCAGGAUCGAUCGGAUCGAGCUGCUGAGGCGGAGACGACUCAGCGACUCAAGAGGGACUUGAAGAGGACUCGAGCGCUGCUGAGAGACGCCCAGACGAUGCUGGAGAGGUCCAAGGGGGACUCAACGGGUAAAGCAGCGCUGAGACAGCUGAAGAAUCAGCUGGAGGAUGCUGAGUGUGCACGAGCUGUUGCUGUCAAGGCGAAGCAGGCACUGGAGCAGGAGCUGAAUGAGACUCAGGCUGCGUUGGAUGAGGCGUCAAAAGCGAGAUCAGAGGCUGAGGAGAGGGCGAAUGCCGCCAAUCGUGAGAGAGCAGAGCUCAUAUCCCAGCUGGAGGAGAAUGAGGAGGAGCUUGCCGAGGUCCUCAAGAAGUAUCGGGCAGCUGUGCAGCAGGUGUCGAGUGAGCAGGCGCAGCUGCAGGAGGCGCAGGUGCAGAUGUCAGCUCUGGAGGCGGAGAAAUCAGCACUCAAGGAUCAGAUGCUGGAGUUGACACAGAGGCUGGAGUCCGUGGAGCAUCUGGGGGAUCCCACUGCUAACAGUUUGGCCACCAGGCGUCUGGAGUUCAGGGCCAAGGAGCUCGAGAGCAAGCUGGAGCUCGAGCAGACGACCCGUGCCAGGGUGGAGACCCAGGUCGCUAGGAUGAAGGAGACUGUUGAUAAAUUGCAGACUGAGACUGCUUUGCUGAGGACCAAAGAGCAGACUGCUCAGGACGCUCUCAGGAGGCUCCAGAGGUCUUUGAGGGAGGUCAAGGAUGAGGCUAGCUCCGCCACUGCCAGGGAGCAAGAGGCCACCAGGGCCAGGAGGGACUUGGAGAAGGCGCUUGAUGCUGCUGAGGCCGAGACGAAAAUUGCCAGGGACGAUUUGAGACUCGCACUCCAGAGAAUUGAUGAUCUGCAGAGCGCUAUUCAGGGGGAGUUGGACUUGGACUGCAGCGAGGAGGGGACCAGCGAAAAUAGCGAUAGUGAUUGAUCAACAGAAUCCGUGGAUUGUGAUCCAAAUAUCCAUUUGGAAUCCACGAGAAACAACUGAAAAUAAGGCUGACUACCUUGAACAAAUAAUUUUACAACACCUUGAUCGAAUUGAAGAUUCAAUCGAGAGGAAGAAUCACCCAACGGGAUUAGUAUUAACCCAUUUUUUCUUAAACCACGCUAAUCACGAUGUUACGAGGUUUUUAAUUCAUUUCGAUUAAUUUUUCUGACGAAGAAGAGUUGAGGAAAUAUCGAGAAAUUAAUGGAUUCAACGCGUGGAGGGAUCGAGUGCCGAUAAAAUGAUUUUAUAACGAUCUAAUGAAUUUGCUGUUUAUUUUUCUGGUGCUAGAAAUGUGUUCGAAUCAUCUUUGGCUCAUGUCUUCCAAGAGCACAAGCCACUCGAUCAAAGGUUUAGUAUCGUUUCGGGCGGGUUCGAUGCGUUUACGGUUCACCGCCUGAUGAAUGUUGAUUAGAAUAAGUACCACUCGUGUAUGAAUUAAUUAAAACGAAGAGUCACACAUUUGCAUGGCGCUUUUAUACUUGUAUACGAGAGACAUUUGCAAGAAAUAUUAAUUGAGGCGGUCACAAUGUUGAAUUAUCUGUAUAAGUCGACUGCAAACUAUUGAUUGAUGUUCAAUUUUACAUGUGCGGAAUAUUGUGUAACUUAUUUGCUUUGUAAAAUGCAGAUCUUAUUUAAUUAAAGAUAUUUACAUUCAA